AUGCCCAGUUGCCUGGUCCAUCUCCUCCUUUUCCUCCUGCUCCCAAAGGACAUGCUAGGCUCAGCCCAGUUUUCUGUGAUUGGACCUGACAAACCCAUCCUGGCUCUAGUCGGGGGAGAUGCUGAGCUUUCCUGUCACCUGAACCCCAAGAGGAGUGCUGAGCACAUGGAGAUCAAAUGGCUCCAAUCCCAGUCCCUGAACAUUAUACACUUGUAUGACAAUGGGCAGGACAAUAAUAAUGUUCAGAUGGACAAGUAUCAAGGAAGAACAGAGUUGGUGAGAAAUGACAUCAAGGAAGGGAGGUUGGCACUGAGAAUAUCUGAAGUCAGAGCCACUGAUGAUGGACAGUAUCUCUGUAUUUUCAACGAAGGUCCUCUUAGUGAAGAAACCACCCUGGAACUGCAGGUGGCAGAAAUGGGCUCUGACCCCCACAUCCGCCUGGUGGGGCAUGAGGAUGGAAGGAUCCGGCUGGAGUGCUCCUCGGCUGGAUGGUACCCAGAACCCCAGGUUCUAUGGAGAGAUGCCAGAGAAGAGACAUUCCCAUCUCUGUCCAAGGCCCUAUCCCAAACUGCAGAUGGCCUGUUUGGUGUGGCAGCGUCUGUGAUCAUCCAAGAAGGCUCCAUGGGGACUGUGUCCUGCUCUGUCCAGAACUCCUGCCUCAGCCGGGAAAAGAUAUCAGCCUUCAUUUCUAUAUCAGCUCCCUUCUUUCACAACGCCCACCCCUGGAUGGUGGCUCUGGCUCUGAUCCUGACUGCACUGGGACUGAUCAUCACUGGGGGCCUUUAUCUCAUCUGGAAACUACGCAAGGAGAAAGAGGAAGAGUGUAAGGGGAGAAAGAACCAAGUCAUAGAAGCAAAGAAAGAACGUGAGGAGAAAGAGAGAACACAAAAAAUCAAUGGUAACGGAACAAGAAUUUUGUUGUUUGCCCCAAGUCCUGCUGGGAAUGCAGGUGGCCAGAGUGUAUACAGGAAGUGAGUGAACCCACAGGUAGGUCAGACCCCAGAUCUCCCAGGAGCCUAGAAAACUCCCCAGGAUCAGAACCCCCAUCCCUCUUCAUCCACGCUUCUGACAGCAGCCUGUCACUGACCUGGAACAAUUUUCACACAAAGGGAGGAUGACAAGAGUCAAGCGCCACCUCCCACUUCUCUAGUAGAGACGGAAUCCCACCACUCCCCAUCCAUUUCCUGCCCCCACCCCAUCCUGCCAUUCAGUUCUCAGUGCAGCCACAAUCCCAGUGGAGUCUGGAGAUCUGAGUGCUGGGAGAGGCUGACCUAUAACAACCAAUUGGCUCUUCCAGUAGUUUCAGGAAUAGUGUCACCAUUCUGGGUCAAUGGAUCAUGCCCUGGGCAGUGGGGGAUUUUUUCCAGGAAGGCCAG